AUGCAGGGCAAGAAGCACGUUGGAUAUUUCAAAAUCCCGCAGCAGCACCUCACACACAUCAACUAUGCUUUCGCCAACGUGAACAAGGACUCGGGCGAGGUCCAUCUUAGCGACAAGUGGGCGGACGUCGAGAUCCACUACGAAGGCGACUCGUGGAACGACCAGGGCAACAACAUGUACGGUUGUCUCAAGGCUAUCUACCUCAUGAAGAAGCAGAACCGCAACCUCAAGAUUCUCAUGUCCAUUGGAGGGUGGUCGUUCUCUCCGAUCGAUUACGAGUACCCGAAGUCGGCCUCGGAUGCUCAAGGCUACGUUGACCUCCUCCGCGAGCUCCGCAAUGCCCUCGUCAACCUGGCCCGAAGCAAGGGGCGUCCGGACGGCCAGUACCAGCUCACUGUCGCCGCCCCUUGCGGUGCUGAGCAGGUCGGCAUCCUGAAGAUCCAGGAGAUGGACCAGGUCCUCGACUUCUGGAACCUUAUGGCCUACGACUUCGCCGGGUCGUGGGACAAGGUUGCCGGCCACCAGGCUGCGCUGUACAACGACGACCCGAACGGAAACAGUGUCGACCGUGCUGUCAAGAUGUACCUCGGUGCCGGCGUCCAGCCGUACAAGCUCGUCGUCGGCAUGCCCAUUUACGGCCGCGCCUUCUGCAACACUGACGGCCCGGGCAGGCCGUACAAGGGUGUUGGCAAGGGCUCUUGGGAGGACGGCAUGUGGGACUACAAGGCCCUUCCUCAGCCCGGCGCCCAGGAGUUCAACGACCACCGCCUCGGCGCGUCGUGGAGCUACGACCCACAGAAGCGCACCAUGAUCAGCUACGACACGCAGCCGAUCGUGACGCAGAAGGCGCACUACAUCAACCAGCUUGGUCUCGGCGGUGUGAUGUGGUGGGAGCUCGAUGCGGACAAGACUGAGGAGUCUGGCGGCAACCUCGUGCGCACUGUGCGCGAGCAGCUCGGCCAGCUCGAGUGGCGCGAGAACGAGCUGAACUACCCCCACAGUCGUGAGUACCUGCGCGGUGCAGCGGCAUAG